AGCCGUUUCACAUAUUGAAAAAAACAAAACAAAAAGUAGCCGUUACACGAACACCAUCUUCUCACUUUUCAGUUCCCGAUCUUUAAGAAUAUCUCAAAAUCAGAUCUUAGUGCUUCUUGUCCAUUUCCACAUUCAUUCUACUUUCUCUUUUAGAACACACGCAGACGCACACGCCAAUUCAAUUUUGAAUCAAUGUCUUCCAACAACAACAACAAAUCUUCUUCACUUCCAUCAAACCCUAAUUCAAGAAAUUCAGAAAUCAACCCUAUGAGAAGGAGUUUCACUGGAAACCCUUUCUCCAAACCUUCCCUCAUCUCAAACCCUAGAUCCAAUUUCUCACACCCCCCCGCCAAUAGUCCUUCAGAUUUUUCAAGAAGAAGCUUUGUUGAUGACAAAGAAAACGCCAAAGAUCAAAAUUCGAAACCGGCAAAGGUUCGAUCACCAGCUGCUACUUCAAAGACGGCGAAGAAUUUCAUGUCUCCCACGAUCUCUGCUUCUUUCAAGAUGGCCGAGUCCCCCAGAAAGAAAAUCCUAAGUGAGAGGAAUGAUGCUAUUCCUUUUUCUGACCCUAAAACUCAUGUUCGCAAGGUAACAUUUGCUGAUCCUUUGGAACAGAAAAUGCUUGAUGCUUCAUUUGACGGGGAUAGUAUCCCCUUCCCCAGUUUUGAGGAUAGUUCUGAUGAUUUGAGUGGUAAAAAUUUAUGUGAUGCUAAUGUUGUUCCUUUGAUUCCAAUGGAUGAUUUGUCGUUUGAAACUAAGCAUGUGAAUGCUCCUUUGAUACCAAAGAAUGAUACAACAGAUUUGUCAUUUGAAACUCUCCAUGUUCCUUUGAUUCCCGAGAAUGACAUUCAUAUUGAAUCCUCGUUUGAAAAUGUUUCCCAAGAGCAUGAUUUUGUUAACCUUGACCCUACUUUUAAGCUUAGUCCUGCUCCUACUCCUCCAAUUUCAUCCACUGCUGCCAUCUUAGAUCAUGUUGAUGCCGAUCCUUCAAUACCACCUUAUGACCCUAAAACGAAUUACCUCUCACCAAGGCCACAGUUCCUUCAUUACAAACCAAAACCGCGAAUGGCACUCUGCAGUCACAGAGAAUUGGAGGACAGUUUCAUGUCUGCAAGCUUUUCAGAUACGGAGGUAACUGAGGAUACUCAGUCUGAUGACUCGCAGAAGGAAUCCGAGGAUGUUUCUUCAGAUGAAACUGUGAUGCAAGAAGAGGAACAAUUUUCUGAACCAAGUCCUGUUAGGGCUCAACUUCCGGAGAACAUGGUUGAAGAAAAAGAGUUGCGAAAACCAAGCUUCUCUGUGAAAUCAAAGGCUUUUGCACUGAUUUUGCUUAUUUUGGCUGCUUCUGUAUCAAUCUCAAUCACAAAUUAUCCGGGGAUUGAUUAUGCUUUGUUUGAAGACUACUAUGAGGCUUAUAAAUUGUCUGAGUUUUCAGAGUUUGCAAGGGUUAACAUUGACCAAUUAUCCCAGUUUGCAAAAGUAAAUUUUGAUGGUUUGGUUCGAAACUUACAUACUUGGUUUACCAAGUCGCUGUCUUCAAUUUCUGAGUUAAUGUCAGAUGUUAGAGGAGCACCACAUUUGGCCAAACUGAAGUAUUUUAACUUGACUGUCUUGCACGGCUAUGUUGUAGUUGACCAGUGUCCUAUCUUUGGUCGUGGUGAAAAUGAAAUAAGUAGCACUCACUUAACUAUUCAAGAAAGUUAUACUGCCUUAGAGCUCGCUGAUGAGUAUCUUGAAGAUAUUUCAGCAGAACAUCAUGAAGUAUAUGAAGAGCAACUUCAGCAAGAUAUGGGAAUGGCCACUGGAUUUGAAAAUGCUAUGGAUGCUCCAGCAGAAUCUGAGGAAGUGCAUCCAGCCACUAUUAUAGAAUCAGAAGAGCAGGUUUUGCAAUUAGAUGAAGCUGAAAAUUUAAAUGCAAAGUUGGCACAAGAAAUUGACUCCAGCUUUGAUGUUGAAGAUGCUUCACAAGUAAUUGUUUCCAGCUUUGAUGUUAAAGAUGCUUCAGAAUCCGAGGAGGCACUCGAGGGCCAAUCUGCCACUCUGGUAGAUCCAGAGCAGGCUUUGCAGCUGGUUGAAGCAGAAGAAAUCCAAACACCAAGAAUUGAUGACAGUGAAAGUAAGCCAAGUUCAAAUUCGGAGGCUGCUGAAAUCCAUAACGAAAUGUGUGGAGAAGGCAAUGUAGAUACAAAGAUAGCACAAGAAAAUUAUGCUAAUUUAAAUAGCAAAGAAAGUGAUGUAGAUCCCAAGCAGUCACCAGGUUCAGAUUCAGAAGUUGCUGAAAUUGACAUGGAUGACAAAGCAAGCACAGAUGCUGCAAUUAGAGGGAAUGAUCAGCUAUUAGAAGCAGUUCACAUUCCUCCACACAUGGUGCUAUGCUUGCUACUUUGUGCAGGUACAGUUUUUAUUGUAGGUACUUUCAAAUGGUCAAGGAAAGUUAAAAGCAGAAGCAAAAAGAUUACUAGCUCUGUGAAGCAACCUAAGAUUGGAUCUGAGAACAAGCAGAUUUCCCCUGAUAAGCCAUCUCUACGGAAUGGACCCGUAGAAUUGGACGUGGUUGGAGAAUCGGACGUGGUUGGAGAAUCAUGCCAUUCAGAAAUGAGCAGCUUUCAGAAGAGCUCAUCUGACAACAUUGAAAAAACAGUGAAUCAAUCGAAUGAAGCUAUUAGUGUGGAGAAAAGGCCAAGGAAUAACCACAGGAGAGAGUCUCUGGCUUCUUCAGACUACUCCAUGGGUUCACCGUCCUAUGGAAGCUUAACAGUGUACGAGAAAAUUCUAAAGGGACGCGGCGAAGAGGAGAUAGUUACUCCGGUUAGGCGUUCAAGUAGGAUUAGGAGCCUUGCCACUUCUCCAUUAUAAGCUGUUUUUGCUGGCUUCUCCUUUACUUACAACCUGACUCGCAUAACUUUACAUGUGUGCAGUAUGAAUGUAUCUGUUACUAUAAUCAGAAGUGUCUUGUCUUCUGAAUCUGCUAAUUUCCAUUAUUGACUUUGUAGCUUUAGAAUUACUUUUGCUCAAUCAUCUUGCCCUGCAAUUUAAACAAUUAUUUCAAAAACAUUGUGUAUUUUUGGGGAGGUUUU